AUGCUGGGACCUGCUCCAACAGAAGAAGAAAGAAGAACCUUACGUAAAGUCCCAAGCUAUAUUCCUCCAAUGGCAUUCUUAGUUGCAUUUUUAGAAUUAUGUGAACGUGCAAGUUAUUACGGCUUGACGGGUCCAAUCGUCAAUUAUAUCCAAAACCCUUUGCCACCCGGAUCAGACGGUGGUCAAUUAGUCGGAACCUCAAAAGUACCAGGUGCACUUGGACAAGGACAAUCUGUCGCUUUUGCUAUUACGACGUUCAAUUCUUUUUGGGCUUACGUUAUGCCAAUUAUUGGAGCCGUUGUUGCAGAUACUUGGUUAGGAAGAUACAAGGCAAUCUGCUGGUUUACGGUGGUCAAGAUCCUUGCACAGAUUUUACUCACUGCCUCUGCUUCUCCUGCUGGAAUUGCAAGCGGGGCUGCUUAUCCUUGUCUUGUAGUUGGAAUCGUUCUUUUGGGUAUCGGUACAGGUGGAAUCAAAUCAAACGUUUCUCCUUUGAUUGCUGAUCAAAUUAAAACUCGCAAAGCAUAUGUUGAAACUUUGAAAGAUGGAACAAGAGUAAUUCGCGAUCCAAAUGCAACGAUGCAAAGGUUGUUCAAUUUGUUCUACUUUUUCAUCAAUUUGGGUGCUUGUCUCAAGAUUGCGACCGUUUAUCUGGAGAAAGACAUUGGCUUUUGGGCAUCAUUCUUACUGCCAACAUGUUUGGCGUGCUUGAUGCCACUGGUUUUGCUUUUAGGUAACAAACAUUACAUUAAAGUGCCGCCUCGUGGUUCAAUUUUACUGGAGGCUUUACGUGUCAUCCGUCUUGUGAUUGCAAAAGGAUUUUCUUGGAAUAUCUUACGAUUCAGAAACAAUUUGGCGAAUGGAGUUAUCGAUUCUACCACAGGGCAACGAACAAGCGUUUGGGAAUAUGCCAAGCCGCUGGUGGUCAUGUCAUCUUUGAAGGGAGGAUCGGCUUUGGAGCGUCCCAAAUGGCUUACAUGGGAUGCAACUUUUGUGGAAGAAGUACAAAGAACGAUGCGUGCGUGUGCAAUCUUUGCAUACUAUCCACUGUUUUGGCUACCGUAUCUCAUGAUGACAAACAAUCUGGUCUCCCAAGCAGCAACUCUUCGUUUAGGUGGUGUACCCAACGAUAUCUUGAGCGCUUUCAAUCCGAUCUCAGUUGUCAUCAUGCUACCAAUCAUGGAUCGAGUUGUGUAUCCGCUAUUACGCAGAUUCAACCUUCCCUUCCGUCCCAUCACGAGAAUUUUUGUUGGUUUCAUGGUUGCGGCUGCUGCCAUGGUAUAUGCAGCCGUUUUGCAAGCCAAAAUCUAUGAUGAAGUUCCUUGCCGUACACAGCCAGGGGCAGCAGAUGCUGAUUGCGAUAGCUCAUCAAUCUCUUUGUGGGUUCAAUUGCCCGUCUAUAUCUUGAUCGCAUUCUCUGAAAUCAUGGCAAGUGUAACCGGUUUAGAGUACGCUUAUCAGAAAGCACCUGCUCGUCUCAAGUCAGUCGUUACUUCUUUGUACUUGUUCACAAACGCCUUCGCUUCUGCUCUUUCGUUCGCCCUCACUCAUGUUUCUCAAGAUCCUUAUUUGGUCUGGCUCUAUGGAUCAAUCGCAGUGGCGGCCUUCAUUGCAGGUAUCCUAUUCUUCAUUAGCUUUCGUAAAUGGAACAAAUUUGAGGAGGUGGAGAAUGAGAUCGGUCGUGGACCAGAUCGGGAAGAAUAA